CCUUCCUCCACCGCCACCCCCACCGCCACCCCGACCGCCGGCGAAGGAAAAGAGAGAGGGAGGAGGAUGGGGAUGCGGGAGUGGCCGCUGCCUCGCCUGUAUGAGGUCCUCCACGGCGAAGAGCGCGACCGGUGGCCGCCGGAGGCCAGGUUCCUCGAAGCCGCCCACAACGGCGACGUCCGCGAGAUCAAGAAGAUUGCAAAGGAGCUGGACGUGCAGGGGCAUGGGAUCCGGACGAUGGUGACCAACACCACCUACAUGGGCAUGAACGCGCUACACGCCGCGGGCGGCGGCGGCAAGCUGCCGAUCUACCGGCAUCUUGUCGAGGAGGUCAAGAUGGAUGUCGACAUGCCUGACACCGCUCAGGAGUUUACGCCCGUGUCGCAUGCCAUCAUGUAUGGCCACCUUCCUGCUGUCAGGUACCUUCUGGAUCAUGGCGCUGAUCUGCAUCAGCGACGUGGAAAAAUCACCCUUCUUCAUAUGGCUGUAGUUCAUGGGUACUAUGAAAUAGUGAAGUUUCUUCUUGCGAGGGGAGCUAAUGUCCAUGCUAUGUCAGAACUUGGGACACCACUCAUGGAUGCUACUCUUAGAAGAUUUCCUAGUAUUGUCAAGAUCCUUUUGGAGCACAAGUCAGAUCCCAACAUUGUUACUCGUAUACUUGGACCUUUAAACAUGGCAUUAGACAAAUCUUUCGUGUCCUGUGUGAAGCUAUUGAUUCAGGGUGGAGCUAAUGUGAGCGGUGUUUUUCCUUAUUAUGAUCCUUUGCUGACGGCUGCAGAAAAGGGCUUAACUGAAGCUAUUAAGUGCUUGUUGGAAGCUGGUGCAAACCCAAAUGUUUUUGACAGGUUUGGUAGGUUGCCAAUAGAGUUGGCUGUUGAGUAUGGUACACGGGAAGACGUUGAGCUUCUCUUUCCUUUCACCUCUCCUGUUUCAACUGCGGCAAAUUGGAGCGUUGAUGGAAUCAUUAGUCACGUGGAGAUGGAAAUCAAGCAACUUGAGGAUGACAAUUUUGUGAAAAAGAGGAUGUCCGAGCUGAAACUCCAAGCAGAUGAAGCAUUUAAGAAGCAAAGUUAUCUAAAUGCAUCAGUGCUCUACACACAGGCACUGAAGAUGGAUAACUUCGAUCCUAAGUUGUUAUCAAACAGGAGCCUCUGCUGGCUUCGCAUGGGUGAUGGACAAAGGGCUUAUGAUGAUGCAACUGAACGCAAGAUAAUUUGCCCGAAGUGGGCAAAGGCGCACUAUCGGCAAGGAGCAGCUCUAAUGUUCAUGAAGGUAUAUGGUGGAGCUUAUGAAGCACUCUCGCGUGCUUUAGAGUUGGACCCAGAAAACAAAGACAUUGAGAAAUUAUUCAGGAAGGCGAUGGAACUGAAGUGAUCAUGCCCUGCAUGCCCGCUGCAGAGAGAAGCUCACGCUAAAUCUCAAGCUCUUUUUUUUCUUUUGCAUUCUCAGACAAAAGCACUGAACUUCGAAUUAUGGCGCCCUCUGUUUUGAUGUAAUCCAUGGACAAUAGCAGCAGCAGCAGCUUACAGGAAAACAUGUUUCUGACUAGUGGCUACUUAUUUUGAGUUUUAUGAAACUCACAUCCUGUUCUGUAUGGAAGCGUGGCAGCAGUGGUGGUGAAUUGAAUUGGUUAUUGCUGGAGCGAAAUGUUGGCAGAAGAUCAUGCUACUUUGCAUUGCCAAUUCCUGCACGUUUUUGUCGAAGAGUGGUUCUUUGCACUGAUAAUUGAGAUAAGCUGCUAGCAUGAAUUCGCAAAUUGUUGAUAUUUUACUUAGGGAAAAUCAUUGGCACUGUUUAUGUUCCUUUUUUUCUUUUGCGUGGACACUGUUAAUAUUCCUUGUUGCUGUUAGCCAUAUACUAUUCUUAACUGGUCAUCACGUGUAAUAUGCUCAUCAUAGUUAGUCUGAUGUGAUAUGUGGUUGCAUCAAAAAGUAUUAGUUGUGGAGCACCUGUCAAAUCAUAUAUAGCUGUAUCACCUCAACUAGAAUGUGCCUGUGUGCCUCCUCUCAAGUCCAAGUGUUACAUCCAGCAUUAUAUAUGAUUAGUUUUAGCCUUUGAAUACUUGAUUUUGCAUCAUCUAUACUUUAAUUUUCUUGCGAAAUUAUGAUGCCUCACGAAAUUUCUGUUGUUUUGCUUCAUUUUUGGUAACAUCAUUGCACACAUACAUGACUCUUACGCUGAUC